CCCCCCAUGCUCUCUUUGCCCAGACGCGGGAGAUGCCGUGACGCCGCGGGCACGCCCCACGCGCUCGUGCGCCGUGACGCAGCGGGCGGGUUUAUAUCGGCGCGGCCGAGCCUCCUUGGGCCUCUGCGGGAGAAGCGCCCAACCCACGCGGCUCCUCGCGGCUCUCCCGCCGGCCCGGCCCACCUCCUCCUCCCCCUCCCCGACCCGUCCCCGCCAUGGCAGACUAUCUCAUCAGCGGCGGCACUUGUUACGUUCCAGACGAUGGGCUCACGGCGCAGCAGCUCUUCAACUGCGGAGACGGGCUCACGUACAAUGACUUCCUCAUCCUCCCGGGCUAUAUAGACUUCACAGCAGACCAAGUAGACUUAACUUCAGCACUUACCAAAAAGAUAACCCUGAAGACCCCACUUGUUUCAUCCCCAAUGGACACAGUCACCGAGGCUGGGAUGGCCAUAGCCAUGGCACUGACAGGAGGUAUUGGCUUUAUCCAUCACAACUGCACCCCAGAAUUCCAGGCCAAUGAAGUACGGAAAGUGAAGAAAUAUGAGCAGGGCUUCAUCACUGACCCUGUUGUCCUGAGCCCCAAAGAUCGAGUCAGAGAUGUGUUUGAAGCCAAGGCAAGGCAUGGCUUCUGUGGAAUCCCAAUCACGGACAAUGGCAAGAUGGGCAGCCACCUCGUGGGCAUCAUCUCCUCACGUGACAUCGACUUUCUCAAGGAGGAGGAACAUGACCGUUUCCUGGGCGAGAUCAUGACCAAGCGGGAAGAUCUCGUGGUGGCUCCUGCAGGAGUCACGCUAAAAGAAGCCAACGAAAUCUUGCAGCGGAGCAAGAAAGGGAAGCUUCCCAUUGUGAAUGAGGAUGACGAGCUGGUAGCCAUCAUUGCCCGCACUGACCUAAAGAAGAACCGGGACUACCCCCUGGCAUCCAAGGACACCAAGAAGCAACUUCUGUGCGGGGCGGCCAUCGGGACACAUGAAGACGACAAGUAUCGACUUGACUUACUGGCCCAAGCCGGUGUCGAUGUGGUUGUGCUGGACUCUUCCCAAGGAAACUCCAUUUUCCAAAUUAACAUGAUCAAGUACAUCAAGGAGAAAUAUAACAACCUCCAGGUUAUCGGUGGCAAUGUGGUGACAGCUGCACAGGCAAAAAACCUCAUCGAUGCUGGAGUGGAUGCCCUGAGGGUUGGCAUGGGCAGUGGCUCCAUCUGCAUCACACAGGAAGUGCUGGCAUGUGGGCGGCCUCAGGCAACAGCAGUAUACAAGGUCUCAGAAUAUGCACGGCGCUUUGGUGUCCCGGUCAUUGCAGAUGGCGGCAUCCAGAAUGUGGGCCACAUUGCCAAAGCUCUUGCCCUUGGAGCUUCCACAGUGAUGAUGGGCUCUCUGUUGGCGGCCACCACAGAGGCCCCAGGCGAGUACUUCUUCUCUGAUGGGAUCCGGCUAAAGAAAUACCGGGGGAUGGGCUCCCUCGAUGCCAUGGACAAGAACCUCGGCAGCCAGAACCGUUACUUCAGUGAAGCAGACAAAAUCAAAGUGGCUCAAGGGGUGUCCGGGGCCGUGCAGGACAAAGGGUCCAUCCACAAGUUUGUUCCCUACUUGAUUGCUGGCAUCCAGCACUCCUGCCAAGAUAUUGGUGCCAAGAGUCUAACUCAAGUCAGAGCCAUGAUGUACUCAGGGGAGCUGAAAUUUGAGAAGAGGACAUCAUCUGCUCAGGUGGAAGGAGGUGUCCAUGGACUCCAUUCGUAUGAGAAGCGGCUCUUCUGAGAAGUGGCCUUGUUUGCUUUUACUGCCUUUCACCUCUCCCUCUCUAGGUUUUUCAAUAAAAAGCUGGAUAUAGUG